AUGUGGUUGUUAUUGCAUCAUGGAUCACAUAGCUUUGAUGUGAGAGUUUCAGACAUAGAAAAGUAUCGUCUUUUGAGGUUGUUUUUGGAUAUUUUUGAGGAAUCUGUUAGGCAGGAUGUGUUUUUACCUAGUACAUUUGCCCUGUUUAUUGAGUCUCCCUGUGGUAGAGUUGAGUUGGUAGAUGAUAAGACAAUGAAGCUAAUGUGGGGAUGGAAUUGGGGUAAGGACACUGCUGAAAUAUGGGUUGAGGGUACAGACAAACCAGGAGUGGUGUUUAGAAAUGAUGUUGCCACAAUUGAGCAUCAUAGGAAGGAGAGUGAGAGAAAGCUCAAAGAGAGACAAGAUGAACUUCUUAGGGCUCAAAGAAAGGAGGAAGAGGAAAUGAGGAAAAAACAGGAGAGAGAGGACAUUUUAAGGGAACUUCAAGAACAAAUGGAGUACACAGUAGCUGUGGAGGUGCCUGUGGUUGAUUGUAAGGACUUAAGCACUGAGUAUGUGAGGAUUAUAAGCAAGGAUGGUGCUGAUGAGGUGUUUCCAGGAGCCUCUCAACCACAACCCACACAAGAAUCUUCACCCUCCAAAAAACCUACUUCUCCUAAACCAAAACAAAAGGCCAAAGUCAAGCCAACUACUCCAAAAGCUCCUAAGGUUCCUAAAGCCAAGAAACUGACCCCUAAGAGGAGACCCACCCCAACUCAAAAACAGGCCACACCAAAGGCAAAAAAACCCACCCCAACAACAAAAAAGCCCACCUCAACACCACAGCAACCCACCCCAACUCCAGAACAAUCAAUCCCACCAGCACAGCAACCCACCCCAACAACACAGCAGCCCAUCCCACCACCACAGCAACCCGACCCAUCACCACAAACACACCCCACCCAUUCCCCACCACCACAGAACACCCAAAAUGAUCAACCACCCCAUUCCCCACCACCACAGAACACCCAAAAUGAUCAGCCACCCCAUUCAACACCAACACAGAAUCAGUCUGAAGCUGUUAAAAGGAAGGGGGGCAGAACUAGACCUACAGGGUUCAGGGUGAACAAAGUGACUGCCAAGAAAGCUGGAACUUGGGUAUCCAAAGGGAAGGUCAUAUGUAGGAAGGGUACAGGGAGGUCAAAGAGUGCAAGGGUGUUCACUGAUGUUGAGGAUAUAGGUUCAGAAGAGGAGAGUGAGGAUUUAGAUUGGGAGGAAUCUGAACCAGACUCUGAACUAGAGGAGGAUAAACUUGAUGAUUGGGUUGACUCUGAUGUGGAGGCUGAGGUGAUAACAGAUGAUGUGCCUGACUUAUUGUUUGAGGAAUGUUUGGAUGGUUCUAGUAAGAUGGAUAAGGCCUACAAGAAUGGAAAGAUAUGGACUCAUCAACCAUAUGGGUCCAUCAAAUUAGAACCUUGGUUGAUCUUUCCAGACAAGUCCACUUUCCUAGAUAUUUUGAGGAGUUUUUGCAUACAAGAGGGGUUUGGACUUAGUGUUGAGAGGGCUGACAGUAAGAGGUACACUGCAGUGUGUGCAAUAGAAACUUGUGACUGGAGGAUACAUGCAAGUAAGAUGUUUGACAGUGUCAGUUGGGCUAUUAAGGGGAUCAGUGGGUGCCACAAAACUUGUGGGAGAUUGGAGGAGAACCCUGUGGUGACCUCUGAGUGGCUAUGUAAGAACAUGAUGAGUCUAAUUGAGGCCAACACUGAAAUUCCUGUUGAGACAUUGAGAAGGUAUGCACAGGAGACAUUUCAAUUGAGGGUUAAAAAGAGAUUGUUGUACAAAGUAAGGAGUAUGGCAGUAGAGAAGAUACAUGGUGGUUGGGCUGAGGCUUAUGAGUUGCUUCCUAGGUAUGCUGAGAUGAUUAAACAGACAAACCCAGGAAGUUAUGCACUGAUUUCCUGGGGUGCUACAAGUGGGGAUGUGAACCCCAAGUUCAGAGCUUGUUUCUUCUCCUUUGCUGCUCAAGUCAAGGGGUUUUUGAGGGGGUGCAGGCCUAUAAUUGGAAUAGAUGGGGCUCAUCUAAGUGGGUUUUACAAGGGAAUCCUACUCACAGCUGUUGGCAUUGAUGGGAACAAUGAAAUAUUUGUUCUGGCUUAUGGGAUAGUGGACACUGAGAGCUGUGAUAGUUGGACACAUUUCAUGAGAUGCUUGAGGCAGAUGUUUGAGCAAGAGGGUUGCAACAAAGAUGAUUGGACCUUCAUCAGUGACAGGAUGAAGGGAGUUGACUUGGCAGUGAGAGAUACUUUUCCUAGAGCUACUAGGAGAGUUUGCUGCCAACACUUGUACAUGAAUUGCAAAAACAAUGGAUUUAGUGGAUCUGUUUUCUUCAAACUGUUUUGGAUAGCUGCAAAUGCACACAAUGAGUAUGUGUAUGGUAAAGCAUUAGAGAAGAUCACUGCUCAUGAUCCAAAUGCUGCUGCAUACUUGGACACAUGCCAGGAGCAGUGGUCCAGGCAUAUGUUUGACCCUGCUGUUUGUUGUGAUCACAACACAACAAACUUUGUGGAGUCAUUCAAUGCAUGCACAAAACCAUACAGAGACAUGCCUGUAUUCUCAUUGUUGGAAGCAAUCAGAAAGUGGUGUAUGGAGAGGGUUGGGGCAAGAUUUGACAUGGCAAUUGAUAUGGAGGAUGGUCAGUUGACUGAGUAUGCCAAGAAAGAGGUGGAUGAAAGAACAGGAGAGUCUAGGUUCUGCUAUGCUAUAGCCUGUGGUGGGGGGGAAUUUGAGGUCAGAGAUGCACAUGUGAACUUCCCCAUCAGGUUAUCAACUAGAAGCUGUGGGUGUGGGAAGUGGCAAAUUUCUGGAAUCCCCUGCAAGCAUGCACUCAGGGUGAUUUAUGACCAAAGGCUGAACCCCAUUGAUUUUGUCUCCCCAUUCUUCAAGUCUGCUGCAUACAAGCUUACAUAUGCAGACCACAUUCACCCCAUGUCAGACCCAACACAGUGGCCUAACUUUUCUCUCCCUACCAUUCAGCCUCCAGUCAUCAAAAGACAAGCUGGCAGACCUGCUAAGAAGAGAAAGAGAGGACCAAAUGAACCCAGGAAGGGGAAGAGGAACAACAAUGUGAAAUGUGGAAAAUGCAGGGAGUUUGGUCAUAACUCAAGGACAUGUAAGAAUGGAGGACCAAGCACUUCAGCAGCAGCAGGAGCAAGUACAUCAAGGGGGUCCAAGGGGGAGGAAAAGAGCAAACACAGCAACUUAACCAUGCACAAAGUUAAAAGUUAGUCAGUUUUUGGUGAAUUGUAGGUGCACAAAGUU